UAUAAAAUCAACAAUCCGCUGGGAGUUUCGUGUCAGUCGAUUUCUAAGAUCAUCUCGAGUAUACAUAACUAUUUUCCGCAGCAAUGAGAAAAUUCUUGGUUUUCGUUGCACUCUGUGCUGUCGGCUAUGCUGCCCCAGCUCCAGCUGAUAUCAAGGACACUGGACUAUCACGCCCCAGUCCCAUUAAUCCUUUGGUUCAAAGCGAUCCCCGUCCUGCGGACAAGGUUAUUGUUUCUGUAGAAAAGCAGGAGCUCCGUCAAAUUCAGAAGCGCGAGGAUGCAACCACAGCACCUCCAAAGCCUCAUAGCGUAAUAGCUCAUCAGGCUCUGCAGCAUAAUCCUCACACCACCCAGCAGCCAGCGGAACUUCACAACGCUCACGAGCAACAGCACGACCAUACAAAAAUUGCACCCUUAAUUCAGCGCCAAUUGCGUGACAUUCCUGUGCCCACAACUAUUAAGAAGGCAGCUGAACACACUGAGGAGAAGGACAAGCCUCAGGUGAAGGAUUUGCAUACACAUGUGCCCGCAGCUGAAGAACAGCACACUCCCCUGCGUCAUCAUCCAGUGCCAGUGUCUGAACUCUUUGCCAAGGCUCACUCGACAACGCCCAAGUCCAAGGCCAGCUCCGAGGAAAGCAAAGAAUCGAAGGAAUCCAAGGAGAGCAAGGAAACCAAGGCCUAAACAGUAAUAUUAACGCUGAAAUUAUGUAAGCUUAAGUGUUGGCCAAAAUCGUUUUGAAAAUGAAAUAAAAAAAUGCACGAAAA